ACAUAACUAUUUCUGCAACUGCAUCACCUAAUAAGUUCAGAUUUCCUCAUUUAGUAAACAGGUUUCCGACACAAUGAAUUGGAUCCAUAAGACCCGUCUCGGCCAGUUUCGGACACUCUUGAAGCGCAUCCACCACCCUCUCCUCCACCUCCGCCUCCUUUUCUUGUUCGUCCCUACCUGAAAAAAAAAAAAAAAUCCCAAAAACCUUAAUUUUUUCAAAUCAGAAAAAAAAACAACCUUAUUAUUUGCAAAUUCAUUUGAAAAAACAUAAAGAAAAAGAAAAUCCAAUGUCGUCUGAAUCCAUACUCUCGGUCUUAACGGAGGAUUUACUUGUUCGAAUCAAUGACAAACUCAAUGACGAGUUAGAUCGCAAAACGUGGCGACUCGUUUGCAAAGAAUUCCUUCGAGUCGAAUCACUAGCUCGUAAAACUCUCCGAGUGCUCCGCGUCGAGUACUUAUCAGUUCUUCUUCGUAAGUACAGUAACAUUGAUACCCUGGACCUCUCCGUGUGUCCAUGUAUUGACGACGGGAUGGUGUCUCUGCUGCUGAGUGGUGAGUCAGAGGGAUGGGCGCUGUGGAAGCUGAAAUCUUUGAACCUGGGUAGGGCCACCGGCUUGAAAUUCUCAGCGAUGGAGAUGCUGAUACGGGCUUGCCCGUUUCUGGAACGGCUCGAUGUGUCGUACUGUUGCGGGUUCGGAGACAGGGAGGCGGCGGCAAUAUCGUGUGCUGGAGGUUUGAGGGAGCUGAAGAUGGAUAAGUGCUUGGGAGUCAGUGAUGUUGGGUUGGCGAAGAUAGCUGUGCGGUGUGGAAGAUUGGAGAGGCUAAGCUUGAAGUGGUGCAUGGAGAUAUCUGAUCUGGGUAUUGAUCUUUUGUGUAAGAAGUGCCCCGAAUUAAAGCAUCUUGAUGUGUCUUAUCUCAAGGUGACGAGUGAAUCCCUUCGUUCUAUUGCCUCUUUGCCAAAGCUGGAGGUUUUGGCUAUGGUGGCAUGCCCUUUGGUGGAUGAUUUUGGAUUGCAAUUUCUGGAAAAUGCUUGUCCUUUGCUACAGGAAAUUGAUGUGUCAAGGUGUGAUUGUUUGAGUUCGUCCAGCUUAAUUUCCGUAAUUAGAGGACAUAGCGGACUUAGGCAGAUAAGCGCUGCUUACUGCUUUUCUGAGCUUUCCCCUGCUGUCCUCCACUACUUGAAGGAUUUGAAGAAUAUGAGCACGAUUAUAAUUAAUGGGGCUUGUGUUUCAGACACUGUUUUCAUGACUAUGAGUAGAUAUUGCAGGUCUUUGGCUGAAAUUGGGUUGAGCAAAUGCAUAGGGGUGACCAACAUGGGCAUUAUUCAGCUUGUCUCUGGCUGUAUCAAUUUGAAGAUCCUCAGUUUAAUAUGUUGUCAUUCCAUAACUGAUGCUGCAAUUUCUGCUAUAGCAGACUCUUGUAGGAACCUUGUGUGCCUGAAGUUAGAGUCUUGUAAUAUGAUCACUGAGAAGGGUGUUGAACAGCUUGGAUCACAUUGCUCGCUGCUUGAGGAGCUUGAUGUCACUGAUUGUUCUGGCAUAAAUGACAGAGGGCUUGAAUGCCUCUCUAGAUGUUCAAGACUUGUAUGCUUGAAAUUAGGACUUUGCGCAAACAUAUCAGACAAAGGACUGUUUUAUAUUGCUUCUGAUUGUUCAAAGCUUCAUGAACUGGAUCUAUACCGCAGUACUGGUAUUGGAGAUGAUGGUUUAGCUGCUUUAUCGAGUGGUUGCAAGAAGUUGAAAAAGCUCAACUUGUCAUACUGCAAUAAUAUUACUGAUAGAGGGAUAAAAUUACUUGGCUAUCUGGAGGAGCUAUCUGAUGUGGAAUUGAGAGGACUUGGCAAAAUCACAAGUGUAGGUUUGACAGCCUUUGCAGCCAAGUGUAAGACACUAGCAGAUUUGGACUUGAAGCAUUGUUGGAAUAUUGAUGAUAAGGGAUUCUGGGCACUUGCCUAUUACUCACAGAACCUGCGUCAGAUAAACUUGAGCUACUGCAAUAUAUCGGACAUGGCAUUAUGCAUGAUGAUGGGAAAUCUGACACGAUUGCAAGAUGCAAAACUGGUGCUUCUUAAAAAUGUCACUGUGGCAGGGUUUGAGCUUGCACUUAGGGCUUGCUGUGUCCGUAUCAAAAAGGUUAAGUUAAAUGCCUCUCUCAGGUUCAUGUUAACUGAGGAAAUACUUGGGAUUUUACAUGCCAGGGGUUGCAUAAUCAGAUGGGAUUAGAACCACAUGUACUGGCCUACUGGGAGAUAAUAAACACCCACGGCCUGGGACUUACUUUAAAAAUCCAAUGAAGCUUUCAAUGAGUUCUUCCCUAA